AAAAACCGAACCCUACUCGCUUCACUUUUCUCUUUAAACUACCACAACUUCAACACGCGCCAUCUCGCGCGCGUGAAACCUUACUCAUCUUUCAACUCGUACAAUACAAGUUGAAAAUCAAUCAAUAAUAAACUAAAAACCCUUUUUUCUCUUUCUCUAUCGAAAUCACAAACAACAACAACAACAUAAACUAACAACAACCACCGAGUUUGUGUUUCUGUUGUUUUGUUUCAGAUUCGUAACGUUAAACCCUCAUUCUCCUUAAUUAGUUUCUGGUGUUCAAAGCCUUUCAUACUCCAACAAGAAUUGGCCAUUCAGAUGAUGCCUCAACGAGUGCUUAAUUCCUUCAUAAGUUUAUGAAAUCCGGUUAAAAAAAAAGGAACUUCCUUGAACCGUGCUUUGUUACCAACAAAAAAUUCUUCAUAAAAGCAGGAUGACUGAAACUAAGUCAGCUAGUAAGAUCGUCAAGAAACAGGACUCGAAAAAAGUUUCCGGCCUCGGCAAUCAGGCUUCGAGGAAGCAACAUCGCAAGGGAGAAAACCCUAUUCGAUUCGUGCCGGCUGCUGACCAUCCUCCUGAUUAUGGACAUUCAAACUCGUGGAUCUGUAAAAACUCGGCUUGUAGAGCAGUUCUAUCCAAAGAUGACACAUUCUGUAGAAGGUGCUCUUGCUGUAUUUGUCAUCUUUUCGAUGAUAACAAGGAUCCUAGUCUUUGGUUGGUAUGCAGUGAAUCUUCUCAAGGGGACUCUUGUGGAUUGUCUUGUCAUAUUGAGUGUGCACUUCAACAUGAAAAAGUUGGAGUUGUUGAUCAUGGACAACUUAUGCAACUUGAUGGUGGUUAUUGUUGUGCCUCCUGUGGCAAAGUUACCGGGAUACUCGGAUGCUGGAAGAAGCAGCUAAAUAUAGCGAGAGAUGCUCGACGUGUGGAUGUACUAUGUUACAGGAUAUAUUUGAGCUACAGGCUUCUGAACGGAACUUUGAGAUUUAAAGAAUUGCAUGACAUGGUUCAAGAGGCAAAGGCUAAACUAGAAAAAGAAGUUGGUCCUGUUAAUGGCAUUUCUUCCAAGAUGGUACGUGGCAUUGUCAGCAGACUCCCAAUUGCCAGCGACGUGCAGAAAUUAUGUUCUCUUGCUAUCGAGAAAGCUGAUGAGUGGUUGGCUAAGGUUGACAAUCCAGAAUCCAAAGAGGGUUCACUUCCUGCUGCAUGCAAGUUUGUGUUUGAGGAGGUAACAGCUUCCUCAGUCAAAAUCAUUUUACUUCAAAUGACAAAUGUAUCUUCUGAGGACAUUAAGGGAUACAAGCUUUGGUAUUACAAGAGUAGAGUGGAAUCACACACACAAGAUCCUGUUUGUGUGUUUCCUAAAGCUCAGAGGAGGAUUUUGAUAUCCAAUCUCCAACCUUGCACCGAAUAUACUUUUCGGAUCGUAUCUUAUACAGAUAUCGGCGACCUUGGUCAUUCCGAGGCUAAGUGUUUCACCAAGAGCAUUGAGAUAUUGGAAAAGAAUCCGUGUUCAUCGGUUGACAUGAACACUAAAAAGGAGAAUACUCAAACUGUAGGCAAUACUUCUGGCUCCAAAAUGGAGCCUGAGCCCGAUCCUACAAUGGCAGACUCCGGAUUCAAGGUUCGAGACCUUGGAAAGAUUUUGCACCUUGCUUGGGCUCAAGAACAAGGUUGCCUUGAAGGCUUUUGUCGAGCUGAUAUGAAAAAUUGCUGUGGUCAAAGUGAAACAAUCAAGCCUAGCAACCCAGAAGAGAAGUUAGUGCCUUUGGUUUCUCGAGACCUUGAUCUGAAUGUUGUUUCUGUGCCUGAUUUAAAUGAAGAACUCACUCCUCCUUUUGAGUCUUCUAGGGAUGAAGAUAACGGUUGCACUUUGCAGCAGGCUGUUGAGGCAGAUGAUGAUGCUGCUUCUCAUGAUUUAGAGAAGAACCUAGCAAGACCACAUGGUAGUGGUGGUUCACAAACAUGGAACCAUGGACUAACAGGAGAAGUUCCGGCCGUUGACUCCCGAGUAGUCAUAGAUGCAAGUAGGAAAAGGGUAGCAAGCACAAAUGAAGAGGCUCACGAUUGUGACAGCACCUUAAUAAACGGAUCUCCUUUACACGUAUCAGAUGGUUCGUUCUCCUUAGACGAGAACUUUGAGUAUUGUGUUAAAGUAAUUCGUUGGCUAGAAUGUCAGGGCCAUAUCAAGCAAGAGUUUAGGUUGAAAUUGUUGACAUGGUUUAGUUUGCGGUCGACGGAACAAGAACGUAGGGUGGUUAAUACUUUCAUUCAGACUCUGAUCGAUGAUCCGAGUAGUUUGGCAGGUCAACUUGUUGACUCAUUUUCUGAUAUUAUAUCCAACAAGAGGCCAAGAAAUGGGUUCAAUAAUAAGGCUGUGGCAAUAAAUUAAGAAGGGCGUGAACUGAUUCAUGUUACUCUCCGCAGUCAGGGAUUUUUUGCAUUCAUGUAGUGAGAACAUAUGUGGCUGUUCGAUCAAGAUCGGACUGUACUGUCCAAUCUUGAUCAAAUGGCCCCCGAUGUCCCGACUACGUGAAUGUAGGAUCCCUGACUACCCUGACUACACGAAAUCCGAAUUCAGAUUUCUAUUUGAUUCGUAGCUACUACUAGUAGUAUCCCUUUGAUUAGUGACACACCAAAACAAAUCACCAUGAUUGAUUUUGCCUUCAUUGUACAGGCAUUUUUUAUUACUCAUUGUUGAUUCAUUAUUAUUGGGACAAGUUAAUUGUCCUGCUAAAAUUGGAUUUGCAUUGAUGACUUUGGAGACAAGUGACUCAUUUUUCAUAUGAAGGGGAGGAUCUUUGGACUUGAAGUUUCAGGAUGUAGAAGGCAUUUUUUUUCUUUCUAUUUAGCAAAUUAUUGCAAUUUAUUUUUCAAUCAUGAAAUUUAAUCAUGGAAGAUAUUAAUUAGUGUUCAACUGUAUUGUUUUCCUUUAUUGACAAGCAACAUUAUAUCAUCACUUAUUGUAUUAAUCCAUUUAUGUCAUCGUUAUCUUGUUUUGUCACUCACUCCACUGUUGAGCUAAUAGUUGAAGAAGUUGUAUCGUAA